AUGCUUCCCGAUGACCAGCAAGCGAAAAGAAAGCGCUUUGAUGAAACGUGUCGACAAACUGUGGUUGAAGACCAAGAGGAAGAACAUUCUAAUGAAUCUACUCACCUUCUCAUGAGAGAGCAGUUGGAGCGAUUCCGAAUGGAAAAACUGAUGAAAUUAAAAACCGAAAAGGAACACUAUGAAGCAAGAAAGAAAGAGCUUGAAAUUUUGGAAAAGUUCAUGAAUGAUGAUGGAGGAAACCAACCACAACAAGUACCACAUGAAAUGAUGCAACAUCAUCAACAAGAAGAGCAUUCAGAACCCAACAAGAAAGAUCAUCAGGCAAACGAUCCCGUAUUGGACGAUAUUCUGUCUUCACAGGAAAAUCUAGUUCAUUUAUGCGUGGGAGGAAGAAUUUUGUUACAACACUGA